CAGACGCUCCCACCUGUUUCGCUCACUGUACUUUACGCAUCGUGUCAUCAUGCGUGAAAUUGUACAUCUGCAAAUUGGACAAUGUGGCAACCAAAUCGGCUCGAAGUUCUGGGAAGUUAUCACCGAGGAACAUGGCAUCGACAGAACAGGAAUCUACGUGGGAGACGACAACAUCCAACUGGAGCGGGUCAACGUCUACUUCACGGAAGCACACGGUGGUAAAUAUGUGCCCAGGUCACUGCUGGUGGACCUGGAACCUGGCACCAUGGACAGCAUCAGAGGAAGUCGCAUCGGCACUCUUUUUAGGCCGGACAGCUUCAUCCAUGGAAACUCGGGCGCUGGCAACAACUGGGCAAAGGGCCACUACACGGAGGGCGCUGAGCUGAUAGAACAGGUGAUUGACCGGGUAAGGACGGAGAGCGAGAGUUGCGACUGCCUCCAAGGCUUCCAGCUGGUCCACUCUCUCGGCGGCGGCACCGGCUCCGGCAUGGGCACCCUCGUCAUCAACAAGAUCCGAGAGGAGUACCCCGACCGGAUCAUGACCAGCUUCAGCGUCAUGCCCUCCCCUAAGGUCUCAGACACGGUGGUGGAGCCCUACAACGCCACCCUGUCGGUGCAUCAGCUCCUGGAGAGCACCGACGAGACCUUCUGCAUCGACAACGAGGCGUUGUACGAUAUCUGCUUCCGUACGCUCAAACUGACCACGCCCACCUACGGGGACCUCAACCACUUGGUGUCCAUGACCAUGAGCGGGGUCACCACCUCGCUGAGGUUCCCGGGGCAGCUCAACGCAGACCUGAGGAAGCUGGCGGUCAACAUGGUGCCGUUCCCCCGCCUCCACUUCUUCAUGCCGGGCUUCGCCCCGCUGACGGCGCGCGGGAGCCAGCAGUACCGAGCGCUCACCGUGCCUGAGCUCACCCAGCAGAUGUUCGACGCGCGCAACAUGAUGACGGCCUGCGACCCCAGGCGGGGCCGCUACCUCACGGUCGCCGCCGUCUUCCGCGGGAGGAUGUCCACCAAGGAGGUGGACGAACAAAUGCUGGCCAUCCAGCAGAAAAACAGCGACUACUUCGUGGACUGGAUCCCUCACAACGUCAAGGUCGCCGUGUGCGACGUCCCGCCCCGCGGCCUCAAACUUGCCUCCACUUUCAUCGGCAACAAUACGGCCAUCCAGGAAAUAUUCCGCCGCGUGGGCGACCAGUUCUCCUUGAUGUUCAGACGCAAGGCCUUCCUGCACUGGUACACGGGCGAGGGCAUGGACGAGUUGGAGUUCACCGAGGCCGAGAGCAACCUCAACGACCUGGUGUCAGAGUACCAGCAGUACCAAGACGCCACGGCCGACAUGGAGUCCGACUUGGAGGACGAAGAGGAGGAGGAGCCCCCUUCCAGGACGGCGACCGCCAUGGUUCAGUCUCGAAAGGAAGUUCAAAUAGAAACAGUGACAGAAAUCAGUGAAGAAAUUAUCGAUUAGCGGAAGACUUUGGGUGUGUGGUCCUGUUAAGUCCAUGCGUAAACAUUUUAAUGACAAUAACUUAAAAAACCCAAAACCAGUGAAGUUGGCACGUUGUGUAAAUCGUAAAAAAACCCAGAAUACAAUGAUUUGC